UUGCAUGUGAGAAACCGAAGUGUUUGCAUGAGGAAACGUGUGGUUUGGGAACAGUCAGUCUGUUAGGACCAGAAGCCAAGCCAGACAUGGAUUCAACUGGUUAUGAAAUAUCUCACUAGAAACGCCUUCUGAAACCAAGUCCUCUCUGGACCGAAAUAGGGGAAGCUAGAGUUGCCUCAGGGAGCAGCCUGCGCACCUUCCUAUGAGACCACGGAAAUGAGCCUCGUGACGUGGCCCCUGCCAACGCAUCCUACACUCUUCCUGACUGCAGGGCCCUGUCCUCCCAUCCCCAGGACAAGGACAAAGCAGACGGUGAGAUGCUGGCCAUGUCGUCCAAUCCCACCACCCUCCUGGGCCUCAUGCUCUGCCUGGGCCAGGUGAUCCACAUGCAGCACGGGCUCCUGCUCAGACCCUCCAUCAGAGCCGAGCCAGGCCCUGUGGUCCCCCGGGGGCGGCCUGUGACCGUCCUGUGCCGGGGCCCUGCUGGGGCUGACCUAUUCCGCCUGGAGCAUAGAUCUGCGUACACGGAUCAGAAAAUCACGUCUCAACAUGGAUCACCAGGAACGGAGGCCCGAUUCCCCAUCCGCGCAGAGGCCCCGGUGAAGUCACUCCCCUGCCCACAGAAGUGGGCUCCCAGACAGGUCCCCAAUGUCUUGGAUCAGAAGUCCAGGGAAGGAAACACAAACCAAAGCCACAGUGAGAUAUCACCUCACACUCAGCAGGAAGACUAAUUAAAAGAAAAUAAUUUAAGGGGAAAAUAGCAGGUGUGGCAAGGAAGUGAAGGAAUUGGAACCCUGGUGCCCUGCUGGUGGGACUGCACGAUGGUGCAGCCACCGGAAGGUGAUGUGGCAGCUCCUGAAAACCUGUGCCCAGAAUCACCACACAACUCAGCGAAGGAAUGGUCCACACUCAAAGAAAUGACAGCAGAACCUUAGACGUCUGUGCUCUCACGCCCACAGCAGCAGUAUUCAUGAUAGCCAGUGUCAUCACCAGGCUCCUCAAACGUGGGGACGGAAGCAGAUGAUCAGUGUCAGAGUGAUGCCACCUGGGAAGGACAGCCCGGCAGGGGUGGCUUUGAGGACAGAGGAAGGGGCCACAUGUCAUGGAAUGAGUGGCCUCUAGACACUGGAAAGACAAGGAACGGACUCUCCCCUCAAGUCCCCAGGAAGGAACGCAGCCCUGCACACACCUGUAUUUCAGCCCAGUGAGACCCGGUUUGGACUCUGACCUCCAGAACCGUAAGAUAAUAAAGCGUGUUGUGAGCCAUCAUGCUUGUGCUAAUUUGUCACAGCAGAGCAAGGAGUCUCAUACGCCUGGCAUCCAACACUGGUCUCAUGAGGCCCCCAAACUUCUGGAAACUGGUUUGGGGGCCGACUCUGACCCCAUUCCCUGAUGUCUCCUCAAAUCUCUGACCACCAGAGUGGGAAGCCCAGCCGGGCAAACAGUGGGCUCUGGGGUGUGGAGGCGGCAGCUUCACU